CUAAUCACGACUUGUCAUUUUCAACUAACUUAUAGAUUUAGAUCGUACAGAUAUCUCGUUGAUCUGCACUGUUAACGGAAAUCUAAUAAAUACUCUUUUAUGUGCUAGUGAUAUUCGCCAUGAUCUGAACCCUGGUUUUUUGAACUCUGACCCUUUAUAAUGUCAGUCGUGGCGGCCACUAAGACCGUAUUGAAUGUAUGAAGAAUGUUUCACGUACAAAGUUCCUUCGAGCAGUCACUGCGGUGCGGCGAUGAAAUUUCGCCUAAUGGUAACAAAACGUUGGCUGCAUUAGCCAAAAUUCACAAACAUUGUACGGGCAAAGCCCACGCUCACGGAUGUAUCGAUCACAAACUUAAUCCCCUGGCCAAAUCUGAUUCCAACACUAGUCUCCAGUCACGCAAAUCAUUUCGGAGCGAAUGUAUCAUUGAAAUAAAAGAAGCGGAUAAGCAACAAAAUUUUAUAAAAAACAAUGAAUUGCUUACAAAAAGUUUUAGUAACAGCACUAGUUCUUACGAAGGACAUAGCGACACGGACUCUGAAAACACUUCAAAAUUACGACCGGAAAAUAAUAAAAUAACCGAUCCAUGCGAGCGCUUGUUUACUCAAAGCACGAAAGCUUCUUUGAUGAAGACUGCUCGUAUGCGAUAUGCCGAUGACAGUGUUAUAUCAAUGCUGCACGAUGAAGUAGAUGGUGAAAAGUGUAAACAACAAUUUAAUAGAACUCCCUUAAGGAGUAGCUAUAGAGAAAGAAAAUCGGCUGUUGUUACGAUCGAAGAAGUUAAAUUGGACGGAUCGUUUCACGAGGAAGAUUUAGCAAACUCUGUACUUUUCGAUGAAAAGAAGAAAACAUCUAUUCAGAAUAAAGUAGGAUUGCAACGGAAAGGAUCGGGAAAUUCUUUGGUUAACGGGAAGACAACAAAUGGAACUAAACCGCCGUGGAGAGGUGCGAGCAAAAAAGGAAUUCCAGCAGAACCGUUCGUUCGGAGUCCUUCCUUACGCGGAAGUAUUCGGAAGAAGACGACAAAAAAUGAUUGUGUACCAUGGCGACGGCUCUACGAACUUUCGCUAUGGCGAAAGUGUGGGGUGAGCUUCGCAGCAGUAGGCGCGGAUAAGGAGCGUGCUCUGCUACGCCCGUGGGGCGAGUUGUCUUCCCAUCAGCACCCGCCAAUGUUCUCGGUAAGUCAAACGAUAAACAGGCGCGUGCCGCGGGCACCUAAUGCACUUUGAUAACUCACUCGCUUAUUUGGCAGCAUUUGACUACUUUGAUGCCAGCUUAUCGACGAGCAACUCACGAGUU